UUGAUUUCAUUGCUUUGCUUUAGCCGAAACGAAAAUGGCGGACGAGGAUGUAAACGGUGAUUCCGACGAAGUGCAACAAGAAAAAUCGCAGAAAAAAGCUGCAAAAUACGAUAGCGGUGCUGCGGAUUUAGAAAAAGUUACCGACUACGCUGAGGAAAAAGAAAUAACAUCAUCCGAAGGCUUUUCCAGUGCACUAAGUAUAAUUGGAGAUCGCCGUAACAAAGAGGCUGCAGAAAAGAAAGCAAAAGAAAAAGAACUUCUGAAAGUUUCGAUAAAGAAAGAAGAUGUCGAUCUUAUUAUGAAAGAGAUGGAAAUAAAUCGAAAUUUGGCUGAACGAACUCUGAGGGAACACAGGGGUGACGUUGUUGAAGCUCUUAUCACUCUUACCAAUUAAACUAAUUUUUCAAUCCGUCUACAGAAAAGUUGUCAAGAAAUUAACACCUCAUUAUUAUUCAACACUCAAAGAAGCCUAGAACUAUAAGAUCGAGAUGUGCAUAUUUAUUAAUAAUAUAUCAUUAUUCCUACUUCCUAAUGGUUACUUAUUUCAUCCCAAGUGCAACUGAAUCAAACAUCCGAUUGGUAAAAUACAAUGUAUCUUUAUAAAAAUAGUGGAAUCAAUACAUACCAGAUUCAGAAAGAAUUAUUCUUGUCGUUCAAAUUAUCAUGAUGUUCGUGAGUAAUUAAAAAAGUAAAGUCCAUUAAUUUUCUACAUUUUAUACAUUGCUCUUGGCGAAAAUUGUACAUAAUAAAUCUGUUUUAUACAGAUUUAGAAAAAAGAUAAUAGGACAAAUUAAUAAAUUCAUAAAAUUAUGUAUCGAAAAUUGAAAUUUCGAAAAUUACACUUACCGUAUCCGUAGUCAUCGCUAGUAGCACAAAUGCCAAAAUCAUUUUGAUGUUUUAAAAUAUCCAUUGAAUUUGCAAAAUUGCGAUCAAGCUCCAACGUAAGUUUGACCAAACUAUUUUAAAGAAAUUUAAUACCAACGCCGAAAACAAAUGUAAAACACUAAAAUUCUUUUUCUCAAGCAAAAUAGCCGAGUGAAAACUAAUGACACUGACUUCUCGUCGUUCAUUAAAAUAGCGUACAAAACGAGGGAUAGUGAAAAUCAUUCAUAUUUAUCAUCAUUUCGAGAUUAUGUAAUGAAAAUGUAAUUUAUUUGAUGUGGUGCAAUGACUUAAAAUAAAUGGAAAAAUGAACUUUUGUA